AUGAAAGAUGGCUUCGAAGUACUCGCACGCCUUCCCUACCCUUCGACGAAACCAUGUCGACUUGCAAUAGCCAGCGAAGUCGCGACUCUGGAUUUAGUUCAUGCUGCCGGCGUGCCAGCUCCCAAAAUCUUGUACUACUCGACAGACGCUCAAAAUCCUGUAGAGGCCGAUUCUCUGAUCAUGGAGAAACUUCGUGGCCGUCCUAUUGGAGACAUGUACCCCGUACUGGAUCUCAAGUUUACGAAGUGGGCCUUGGGUACUUUCAACGGGCACGGGGAUGAAGCUAAUCGUUGGCGAGACUCGCCAAAGGAUCCCACCCCACCUGCUGGUUCCCACCUGUUUUUGUAG